AUGGUCUUGACACGGCUGAUAGCCGUCGCCUUUUGGGUGACUAUGGUCUCGGCCUAUCUUGUCACCCCCCCUGGGAGUGUCUUUCCAGGGGCAGACUCCGACUGCAGCGGUUGGGUCGAGGCGACUUCGGGCUUGACCUGUGCAGAGGUUGAGGCCGUGGAGGGCAUCACAGCGGCAGAAUUUGAGGCCUGGAAUCCUCUCAUCCUCGAAGUGUAUAGCACCUGUGAGCUUGAAACGGGCUUUUAUUAUUGCAUUCAAGUUGACUUUGACUCUACUUCUGCUUCUUCUUCUUCUACUUCUACGUCUACGUCUACUUCUUCUUCUUCUUCUACAUCCAUUUCGGUAACAAUCACAGGCGAUGGAGUUACCACUCCAUCCCCCAUUCAAACCGGCAUGAUCUCCACCUGUGACGACUUUUACCUGGUGGUCUCAGGCGAUGAAUGUGGCACUAUCGCAGCUGAUGCGGGCAUUUCCCUGGCCACAUUCUACGCGUGGAACCCUGCCGUGGGCACCUCUUGUGCAUAUCUUGAUGUUGGGGAUUAUGUCUGUAUUGGCGUUCUGGGAGGCACAACAGCUUCCCCCACUACUGGAUCUGUGACAUCUACCACCACUGGGGAUGGGAUCAGCACUCCAUCCCCGAUUCAAACCGGCAUGGUAUCGACCUGCGAUGAGUUCCAUCUGGUGGUUUCGGGUGAUGACUGUGCGACCAUUGCGGCCGACGCUGGCAUCUCCCUCGACACCUUUUAUGCGUGGAACCCUGCGGUAGGCACGUCUUGUGCCUAUCUGGACCUUGGCGACUAUGUCUGUAUUGACAUCAUCGGUUAUACACCCACAACAACGCCUGCAAUCACCAGCGCCCCUUCCACGACUACCACUUCCUCCGGGGAUGGGAUUAGCACCCCAUCGCCCAUCCAGACCGGCAUCGUGUCGACCUGCAAUGAAUUCUACCUAGUCGUCUCCGGUGACAACUGUGCGACCAUCGCCGCCGACGCCGGUAUCUCUCUGGCAACCUUCUACGCCUGGAACCCUGCAGUGGGCACCUCCUGUGCCAGUCUUGAUGUAGGCGAUUACGUCUGUAUCGACAUCAUCGGGUAUACACCCACAGCGACAACCACCUUGGCGACCACGACCACGACCUCGACCUCGACAGGGAAUGGGGUGACAACUCCAACCCCAUACGAGCCCGAUAUGGUCACAGACUGCGACGUGUUCUACCUUGUCAGCUCGGGCGAUACGUGCGCGUCCAUUGCCGAAGCCGAGGGCGUCACAACAGCAGAGAUUGAGGACUGGAAUCCCACGGUUGGCACAGAUUGCACGGAUCUGUGGUUAGACUAUUAUAUCUGUGUUGGUAUCCUGUAG